GCUGAGACCACCAGAGAUCAAAUUUAAGUGAAAAAAAAAAAGGAAAAAAAUCGCCGGAGCCCUAGAUCCUCGAAAGAGAUCAACAAUGGCGUCAAAGCAAAUGGAGGAGAUUCAGAAGAAGCUGUCGGUUCUCAAUUACCCCCGAUCCAACGCCCCCGCCCAAUCUCUCCUCUUCGCCGGCGCCGAGCGCUACGCCCUCCUCGAAUGGCUCUUCUUCAGGCUUUUAGGAGACAGAUCGCCGUUCACGCAGCAGAAUUGGCAAGGGGAUAACAUGGAUCGCGAUGAGGAGACGGCUAGAAUCCAACAUCUGGCUGAGAUAGCAAGCUUCUUGGGUAUUACAUCUUCAGUUGAUACAGAAGCAAUCCAGGGAAGGGGCAGCUACGAAGAGCGUGUUGAGAUGCUUCAUCUUAUUGUAGAUCUCGUGGAAGCAAGUUGCUAUUCUGACUAUCCGGAAUGGAGCGUCGAUGAACAGCUGGCAAAGGAUGUACAAUUGUUGGAUUCCAUAGCAGAGAGACAAGCGCAGGUUUUCUCCGAGGAGUGCAAGCUUUUUCCUGCAGAUGUUCAAAUUCAAUCCAUUUACCCAUUGCCUGACAUCUCUGAACUGCAGUCAAAACUCUCGGAGCAUACAAAGAAACUGUCAAAUUUGCAGCAGAUGGUCCAGGAGCUGGCAUCAAAGUACCCUUACAAUCCUGACGAAGAGUAUGCAGAAACAGAAUCAAAGCUCCGGGCUCAGUUGGAGUCUUUUCUGGAAACUGUGAAGUCUUUUAAUUUAAUAUAUACCAAGGAAAUUCGACCUUGGACACACAUGAUGGAGGUACCUCAGUUGCAUGGCUUUGGACCAGCUGCCAAUCGUUUGUUGGAGGCUUAUAACACGCUUUUGAAGUUCCUGGGAAACCUUAGGAGCCUUCGCGAAUCUCACGCAGCUAUGGCUGUUGGAUCCGUUUCAACAACAGAUGAACCUUCUUCGAUUACCAAAAUCAUUAUGGAUUGUGAAUCGGCAUUGACAUUUCUAAACCGGAGUCUUACCAUCCUCUCAACUUCUGUUGCUCGAGAACAAGGUGAGGGCCUAUAAAUUUGGUAAGGGAGGUUGUUGAAAGAGAACUGGCUUGGUAUGUAAAUCAAUUAUAUCAUUCAAGCCUUGAGUGGCUUUGCUCAUCAUCGCUUCUUGUUGUAUUGUAAUUGGUUGUGAUUAGUUUCAGUUUUUGUCAUGAAAUGCAUUUCGGCCGUCUGUUUCUUUCUUUGUGCUUGUUUGCAUGUGUGGUUCAUGAACGUCUAUUCUCAAGAGAGUAAGAUAUUGAC